AUGACAACCCUUGGUGAUGGCACCAAUGCUCUGCUAUACCAACUCACCCUGGAGGAGAAGAUUUCCCUAUUAUCGGGAAAGAACAUGUGGGAAACCCACAACAUCGACCGGCUAAACAUUCCCUCACUGAAAACAACCGACGGACCAGCUGGCGUGCGCGGCGCCAAAUGGAUCGAUGGCUCCGCAUCCACCUGUAUUCCCUGUGGAAUCUCCCUGGCAGCAUCGUUCGACCCGGCCUUGGUGGAGAGAACCGCCUUUAUUCUCGGAGCAGAAGCCAAAGCCAAGGGGAGCUCGGUUCUGCUUGCUCCGACAAUGAACAUGAGCCGAUCGCCCUUGGGCGGGCGAAACUUUGAGAAUUUCGGCGAGGACCCGUUUCUGACCGGGUCGAUUGCAUCGGCCGUGGUCAAAGGAAUCCAGAGUGAAGGGGUUGGAGCUUGUGUUAAACAUUUUGUCGCCAAUGAUCUCGAAACCCGCAGGUACAACCUGGACGAGGAUAUUGAUGAGAGAACUCUUCGCGAAGUAUAUCUUCGCCCUUUCGAGAUGGCUCUGAAGAGCGACCCCUGGACCCUCAUGACAAGUUACCAAAAGGUUAAUGGUGAACAUGUGGACACGAGCGAGUUCCUCCUACGACAUAUUCUCCGCAGUGAAUGGGGCUUUGACGGCCUUGUGAUGAGCGACUGGGGUGGCUGCAACGACACUGUCAAGAGCUUGACGGCUUCCAUGGAUCUGGAGAUGCCCGGCCCGAGCAAGCGAAGAGGCCAUGCGCUGCUUGAAGCGGUUAAGGCUGGCCAUGUCAGUGAGAAGGAGUAUGUUGAUCCAUCCGUUAGAAGGGUUUUACAGCUUCUGAACAGAGCCGGCCUUCUAUCACUGGAAACGGGGUCCCCAUCGAUCAAAGAAUCAGUUCCACAGGCUCCCCAAACCCGCGAAGCCGACAAUCGUCACGAUGCGACUCUUCAAAGACUGACCAGAGAUGCUGCCAUCGCAGGUCUAGUUCUAUUGAAAAAUGACUCUUGCCUGCCCCUUGAGGCGAAAGCCCUCAAAUCCCUAGCCAUAGUUGGUCAUCAUGCAAAGAAACCCACCGUCGGUGGUGCCGGAAGCGCAAGUGUCCAUCCAUACUACAUCUCGACGCCGUAUGACAGCCUGGUUGAACAGGUCCGCAGCUCGAACCCCAGCAUCGACAUCCAAUAUGCACCUGGACUACCAGGAUCCAAGAUGCCGCCGUUGCUGGGCGACCGGAUCACUUCAUCGGGUGGCCUGCGCGUGGAGUUUUUCGCGGGCCAUCAGUUCGAAGGGCCGGUGGUAGGAACAACCUACUGGAAGGAUUCCCGACUCUACCUCAUCAGCGAGGGCGAUGUGCCCGAACCCCUGGUUGGAAAGCCCUUCUGCUACCGAGUGCAUGGAACCAUCACCGCCGAUCGCACGGGACUUCACGCCUUUGGAAUGAUGAACACGGGCAACGCCAAACUGUAUGUGGACAACACUCUCGCGAUCGACAACGAGAAUUGGACCGAGCCAUCGGGCCAUUUCAUGGGCUGUGCCAGUCGCGAAAAGCAGUGCCGGAUGCAUUUGACCCAAGGUCAAUCGUACGAGAUCCGCGUCGACAAUGUGGUUACCCCUCCGCCCGUCCGGAGCGUCGACAACACGCUCUUCGGCACGGUGUCUGGAUUAUACGUCGGUCUUUUACCCUUCUACGACGAGGAAGGGCUCAUGCACGACGCCGUCCACGUCGCGCAGGCAGCAGACUGCACCAUCGUCGUGGUUGGGCUGAAUGCCGACGAGGAAAAAGAAGGCGGGGAUCGAACAUCACUCCAUCUCCCAUCAGGAACCGACGAACUGAUCACCGCUGUGUCGGCCAUAUCCCCCCACGUGGUCGUUUGUGUGCAAUCGGCCUGUGCGAUCGCCAUGCCUUGGGCGGACCAGGUGGGAGCCAUCGUUCAAGCAUGGUAUCAGGGCCAGGAAAACGGCAACGCGUUAGCUGAUGCGCUGCUGGGCAAAGUCAACUUCUCUGGAAAGCUUCCCGUGACGUUUCCCCGACGCAUCGAAGACCAUCCAUCCUAUGCCUUUCCUCCAGAUGCCUUGGCCGAUCGGGUCCAGUACGGCGAAGGGGUUCUCAUCGGAUAUCGACACUUUGACAAAUUCGACAUUGACCCUCGGUGGCCGUUUGGAUUCGGCUUAUCGUACUCGACGUUUCGAGUUUCGGAGAUCCAGCUCGAUGGAUGUAUCAGUCUGAGUGACGACAGGUCGGCCGUAGUCAGUGCGGUUGUGACGAAUACCGGUGGCUGUGAUGGACAGGAAGUCGUGCAGGUGUACACUGCGCCGUCAGCACACAUUGCCUCGUCGGGACUCUCUUCAUAUGUCAAAGCCCUGGCGGGGUUUCAAAAGGUCUUUGUUCCGACGGGGGGAAGUAGAAAGGUGUCUAUCCGUCUGUCGCAAGACGCAGUGCGCUGGUUUGACGUCCAGGGGGGUGAAGGUGGGAGGUGGAGAGUGGACUUGGGCUCAUACCAAUGCUUUGUGGGGACGAGUUCGAGACAUAUUGCGGGCGAAGUCAUACUCGAGGUCACCAGGUAG